UGGCGCUGUGCAGUUUUGGCAAAUCAAGAGAAAUGUCCCCUUUCAGUGCCCGUAGCUCACGUUACGAGAACGAGGGUGGUAGUUUAGAAGCUGUGCUGACAUUGAGAAUUAUAACGCUUCUUACGCAGUCUCAAAGAGUCUCAAAGGAUCCCCAGCAUGGUGACCGGAAAGAGGCUGGCAGACUUCGGCUAUCGGGCGUUUUCUGCCUCGAUGAUGCUGCUGACGGUGUAUGGGGGCUACCUGUGUGCGAUGCGAGGGUACCGCUACAUGCAGAGGCAGAAACAGUUGAAACUGGCAGCAGAGAACCAGGAUCCUGAAGUCGUCAAAGAAUGAAAUCAGCUCUGCUUUUUGCACAUGUGGACAUUUCUCAUUCCUCGUCUUUAUCCAGCAGUGAAUCAAGAUGUUUAUUAUUGCCAGGAUACUUGUGAUUUCAUUGAGGACACAGAGCCCUUAUAAAUAUUUGUUUAUAAAGCUUCACCAAGCAAAUUAACCAAGAACAUAUUAUUUGCAUCAGUGGCUGGUUUCACAUUCAUUCUGAGCAGCACUGUUUCAGGAAUAAAGAUGGAUGUAAUUGUU